UGUCGGUAUUUCAGGUUACGGGCCACGAAGUCCCGUAAGAUGCUUAAUCUAUUCAUGUAUCUCGUCUGUGGUUCAGGUUUCCUUAAUGUUCUUGGUUUUCUGUGUUUCGUGUUCAUACUUCUCUCCGACUGGUACCACCAUCUUGUUUAUUUCAUCAAUAAAGAGAGUGUAAGACUUAAAAGACGACUAGAAAUUUUUUUAAAGUAAUUUUUAUUUGUAUCCUGUAUACAAUAAAUUGUAAUAAAAACUGUGAAUAUGUCUCAUGGUAGAAAUGAAUGUAGAAUUUAUGUGGGAAAUUUGCCCCCUGAUAUAAGAACGAAAGACAUUCAAGACCUUUUUUACAAGUUCGGUAAAGUUAUUUUUGUUGAUUUAAAAAAUCGCAGAGGACCACCGUUUGCUUUCGUCGAAUUUGACGAUCCAAGAGAUGCUGAAGACGCAGUUCAUGCAAGAGAUGGAUAUGAUUAUGAUGGUUAUAGACUACGUGUUGAGUUCCCUAGGGGUGGCGGUCCUAGUAAUAAUUUUCGUGGUGGUCGUGGGGCAGGAGAUAGUGGAAGAGGUGGUAGAGGUGAAAUGAGUAACUCCAGAGGACGUGGGCCACCUGCAAGAAGAUCUCAAUAUAGAGUUCUUGUUACUGGUUUACCUCCUUCUGGUAGUUGGCAAGAUUUAAAGGACCAUAUGCGCGAAGCUGGUGAUGUAUGCUUUGCUGAUGUUUAUAAAGAUGGUACUGGAGUUGUGGAAUUCUUACGAUAUGAAGACAUGAAGUAUGCUGUGAAGAAGUUAGACGAUUCAAGAUUUAGGUCUCACGAGGGUGAAGUAGCUUAUAUUCGAGUAAAAGAAGAUCAUAGCAGUGGCGAUAGGGGACGCAGUGAAGAUAGAGAGAGAGGUCGGAGUCAUUCACGAAGCUAUAGUCCACGGCGUCGUGGUUCACCUACCUAUUCACCAUUGCGACGUAAUUACUCGCGAUCAAGAUCUCGUUCCAGAUCUCGUUCAUACGACUAGUGUGUACGUAUAUGUUUUACAUGGUAAUAUAAGUAAAGGCUUGUCAAUAUUUGCUUUACCAUGUUUCAUUAUUACUGAUUUGAAUUUCACUUAAAAACACCUUCCAAUCCAAACCAAUUUUAAACAAAUUAUAAAAUUAUUUCUAUGUUGCUUGAAUUUAAUAAUUGUAUUGUAUCUAAUGUAAUUAGAGCACGGUUCAUUUUACAUGUACCAAAAUUGUUUUUUCAAAGAUUUUGAUAUUAUCGAUUCAGAUAUUUUUAACUUAUGUAAUCCAGAAGAGGAGUUGUUCACUAGUAAAUAUUGAUAUCGAGUUUUAUCUUAAUUUUUUGGUAAAGAGAAAUUGCGCUCAUAUUAACUGUAUUAUUAUUGUUAAAGAUACACCUAUUUGA